AUGGCAAAGAGUGGUUUGAAGGUGGAUAAGUCAUUCAAAUGUAAAGCAUUUAUUGAAGCCGGGAAUGUUGUCAAUAAUAGAUUCCCCAAUGCUUGCAUGGACGCAGAUAAUGUGGAGAACCACAUGCAUAAAUUGAAGCAAAAAUACCAAGACAUCAAAAAAUUAAUGAAUCUUAGUGGUGUUGGGUGGAAUGACUGGGAAAAAAUGCUAGUGCUCAAGGAUGAGACGUACCGACAUCCAAAAGCCAAAAAGUACUUGAACAAGCCCAUACCUUUAUUUGAGGAGUUACGUUUGGUUGCUAGAGAUGACCAUGCCACCGGUGAUUAUGCACAAUCAAUCUAUGACCAAUUUGGUGGUACAAUCCAUGAAGAUGACCAUGAUACAAUCCCUGAUAAUGUUCCUGGACCUAAUGAGCCAAUGGACUGCAAAGCUUUUGUGGCAAAUAAUCGAAGACAUGAAGUAUUAAGGUCAAAUGCAAGUAAGACAACCACUAAGUCUAGUCGCACAACAAGGACCAUGUGUGAAAAUGUUGGAAUGGAGAUUGUUGGGGAUAAAUUGGGUCAAUUGGCAACAUCAAUUAACCGAGCAAGAAAGAAAGCAUCGAAGGAAAAACUAUCAGAUGCUCUAUGGGACAUGGAAGGUUACGACGAUAAGGACAUGGGAAUGGAUGCAAACCUUGGAUGGUGUUUCUUGUGA